UUAUUUUCUUUUAUAUAAAUGAUAGUUUGACAACUUGUUAUAGUUCUUUAAACGAUUUUAUUUUAAACCAUAACUAUUAUAAACCGACGAUAUCUCGAUAUAAGAAUAAAAAGUGAAUAACAAAAUUGUCAAGAAACAGACACGUCUUAUAUUUACACAGGAAAUUAUAACUACAAGUAGAAAGAUUAUAAAUCAAUGUUAUCGAAUUCGACGUAUAGGAAUAUACGGAAUAUCUCCCUUCUUCCUUUUAUUUCUCUUUUAUGCUGGAAUGUUUGGAAAUUUAAGAUGGAUCAUAGCAAUAGUAAUAGCGAUAUUGACUUUAAUAGUCACAGCAAAUUAUACACCUUCAGAAAGACUGACAGGAAUGAAUCCUUGUAUCAGUAAACAAACAUGUCAUGAAUGUAUACAGACCCCACAUUGUGCUUGGUGUGCAGCUCCUAGAUUUUCUGAAAAGAGAUGUUUCCUUCCUAACAUUAACACUAAAAUACUUGUAACAUGUCCAGAGAAAUAUACAUGGAAUCCGGACAAUGUUUUUAGUAUGGUGAGACAUCGUAAUUUAACCAAAGGAGGUUAUUCAGUCGGUAGUAAUGCUGGCAUAGAAAGUCAUGAUUCUUUCGAACACACUUCUUCUACAAAUUAUUCUAGCACAAGUUCUACACAUUUUCAUCAGGAAAGCUCGAGUAGUGGUAGUAGUAGUAGUAGUAAAAGACAAGAUGCUGUGCAAAUGUGGCCCCAAGAAGUGAAUUUAAAACUUAGAAUAAAUGAGGCCUAUAGGAUGUCAUUUGCAUAUUCUCAAGCUGAAGAUUAUCCAGUUGAUCUAUAUUAUCUUAUGGAUUUAAGUAAAUCGAUGGAAGAUGAUAAGAAAAAGUUAUCUGACUUAGGUCAGUUACUCGUAGAAAGUAUGAGUAAAAUUACAAGCAAUUUCCGUUUGGGUUUUGGUAGUUUCGUUGAUAAAGUAGUAAUGCCCUAUGUAAACACAAUGCCAAAAUUCCUUGUAGAGCCAUGUGAUGGAUGUGCAGCACCAUAUGGAUACAAAAACAUCAUGAGACUUUCACAAGAUACAAGACAUUUUGCUGGUUUAGUUAGAAAUGCCUCUGUUUCGGGUAAUUUAGAUGCUCCUGAAGGAGGAUUUGAUGCAAUUAUGCAAGCUAUUGUUUGUAGAAAUCAAAUUGGUUGGCGAGAAAAAGCUCGUAGACUGUUGGUAUUUUCAACAGAUGCUGGGUUUCAUUAUGCUGGUGAUGGCAAAUUAGGUGGCAUUGUGAAACCAAAUGAUGGAAUGUGCCAUCUAGAUUAUAAUGGUCUUUACACUCAUUCUUCACUUCAAGAUUAUCCAAGCAUAUCGCAAAUUAAUUUAAAAGUUAAACAAAAUGCUAUUAACAUUAUAUGGGCAGUUACUGAAGAACAAAUCAAUGUAUAUAAAAAGUUAACGAAACACGUAGAGGGAUCAUUUGCAGGAAAACUAUCAGAUGAUUCGAGUAAUGUUGUGGAAUUGAUUCGGGAACAAUAUAAUGCUAUUUCUAGUUCAGUAGAAAUGAAAGAUACUGCUAGUAGUGCUGUGAAAGUAAAAUAUUUUUCAAGUUGUUUAGGCUCAGGACCAGCUAUCGAAACUUCAAAGUGUGAUGGAUUGAAAGUUGGUACAAAAGUAGAAUUUAUUGCUGAAAUUGAAGUCACUAGUUGCCCCACUAACCGGUCUGAAUGGAAACAGAAAUUUGAUAUUUAUCCAGUUGGUAUCAAUGAAACAUUAACAAUUAAUUUAGAAAUGUUAUGUGAUUGUGAAUGUGAACGAGAUGGUCCUAUGUAUGAACCAAAAUCUCCUGAAUGUAAUGGUGUUGGUACAUUGAAUUGUGGAGUCUGUGAUUGUUAUGAUGGAUUCUUUGGAAAACGUUGUGAAUGUAGUCCACAUCAAGAAAUGAGUGGAUUUGAUAAGCAUUUUCAAUCUUGUAGACCAGAUAAUACGUCUCUAGUAGAUUGUUCAGGAAGAGGUACUUGUGCGUGUGGUCAAUGUGAAUGUGAAGAAAGAGAGAAUCCUGAAGAAAUAAUAUCAGGUCGUUUUUGCGAGUGUGAUAAUUUCUCGUGCGAUCGUGAUCAAGGAUUUCUUUGUUCAAAUCAUGGAACUUGUGAAUGUGGACAGUGUGUUUGUAAUGCUGGUUGGUCUGGACCAUCUUGUAGUUGUAGAUCUUCAAAUGAUUCCUGCAUAGCACCAGGAACUAAUAAUGGUAUACUUUGUUCAGGACAUGGUGAUUGUAUUUGUGGUGAAUGUAUUUGUCAUGAAGAAGGUAACACAAGAUACUCUGGUAAAUAUUGUAACAAAUGCCCAACAUGUCCAAGUAGAUGUGAGGAACUUAAAAGUUGUGUACAAUGUCAAAUGUAUGGAACUGGAAAUUAUAGCAAUCCAGAAGAAUGUGCUAAAAAUUGCAGAGAAUUUGUACCCGAGGCUGUAGAAAAUGUUAUAGGUGAUGUUGAUAAUGAUGAAGUUAUGUGUUAUGGAACAGAUGAAGAUGACUGCAAGUAUAAUUUCGUUUAUUAUUAUAAUGAAACGAAUUGUUUGAAAGUACGUGCACAGGCAGAGAGAGAAUGUCCACCUCGAGUGAAUAUGCUUGGAAUAGUAUUAGGAGUUAUAGCUGCAAUAGUUCUAAUAGGUUUAGCUUUAUUGUUAUUAUGGAAAUUAUUAACAACGAUACAUGAUAGAAGAGAAUUUGCAAGAUUUGAAAAAGAAAGAAUGCUGGCCAAAUGGGAUACAGGUGAAAAUCCUAUUUAUAAACAAGCAACAUCUACUUUCAAAAAUCCGACAUAUGCUGGAAAAUAAAAUUGUUUAAAUUCCAUGACAUGGCGAUGAAUUACAAGUGUUCAUAAUAUUAUUUUGUUAGCAUUUAUAUAUAGAAGAAUAUUAUUAUGCAAUAUUCGAACCUGCCUUAACAUUAUAUUAGUUUAUUUCAUAAUAAGUUAAAACAUAUAAUUAAUUUAAUAUUCAAUUACAUUAAAAUAGUCAUUAAUUUUACAUAUAAUAUUGCCAUAAUACAUACGUUAUGAGUGUGUACAAAUUUUAUAUAUGACUUUGUGCGUGAAAGAGAGUGCGUGUAACUAUAUGCUAUUGCAUACAUAAAUGACUUAAAGUUUGUAUAAAAUAGAAAAUCUAUAUAUAUAUAUAUAUAUAUAUGUGUGUUUGUGUAUAUAUAUGUAUAUACAUAUAUAUAUGUAUAUGUAUAUAUAUAUAUGUAUAUGUAUAUAUAUGUGUACAUAUAUAUAUAUAUAUACACGCGUAGAUGAUUGAUAGUUAUAUGCAAAUAUUGAAACUCAAGUCGCUUUAUAAUAUUAAUUUUAAUAAUGACUUAUACAUCAAAGUGCCUUUUAUGGUACGUUUUGAGAAUUAGUAAAAUUGAUCUUUCAUGAUAAUAAGGAUACUUAUAAAAGAUACUGAUGCUAUUAUGUAUAAUUUGUAUAUUUAACAAUUUAGAAUCUCUUUAUCAACAUGGAAAAACAUCUAGACUUACUUCUGAUGUCCAGUGUCUUGACAGAGAAUUAAACAAUGCCUUGUACUGAUUAUAUAUUUGAUGUUUUGUAUGUAUAUGUUAAGUUUUAUCAUGGAAACAAUACAGAUAUCUUUGUAUUGAGAAAUUAAUGUAAAACUAUAUGAAAUAAUAAAAGACUAUAACAAACAGAAA